AAUACUUUAGCAAUCACAGUUGUUGAAAUCAAACCCAUGAUCAGUUACAUCUUUGAAAUCAUGGCAUUAUUUCAGAAGAGAAUGAAAAGAGGCAUUCUGAAAAGCUUGGUCUGUUUGUUGUGUUUCAUCCCUAUUUUGUGCCUGCUGCUUUUAAUUAAUUUGGGCCUUCCUGAGGUGUCUAUGGACAAUAGCAUCAAGAGGUCUUGCAAGACUUUGUUACCUUGGAAGAGUUCAGAGGAGGUGAAACUAGGAGAGCUUGGGGAGAUGAUGGUUGCAAUGCUGCCCAGUGAUCUUCCCUUCACCAUUUUUGUCCCAUCAGAAGAAGCGUUUGAACAUGUUCUAAAGCUGAGAGCCAGCGAUAGCUUAACUGAACAGAAGAUGAAUGAUACAUAUGCCACUGUCUCUCGCGUAAUGGGUUUUUCUGCAGUUCCUCAGCAUCUACCUUCUGGAGCAGUACCUUUGCACAAAGAAAUAUCUUUUGAUUCUAUAUCUGGAUUCAGAUUAUAUGCUUGGAAGGAUGUUAAAGGAACUCUGGUUGUUAAUGGGGUCAGAUCAGAAUGUGUUGAUGUCCGAAAAGCUGAGAUUAUUGUGCAUAUCAUGAGUGGGGUGAUUAUGGAUGUGGAGUUUGAGCAGUCAUUUUCUCCUGAUUACGAUGACUGACAAAUGAUCCAAUCCGACCACCUGACUGUCAGUAUGGCUUUCACUUAGGUGGAGUCAACUUAUAAUACAUAUCUGGCGUACUUCAGAAUAUGUUAAACUUUGUAAAAUGGGUCCUGUACUGGUAAAUGCAUCCGUCCCGGUGUUAGCUUUUCUGCUAAUAAGCAUGAUUCAAUCAUCACUUUAAUUUCUCUUGCGGCAGUGGAGUGUAAAUCUGAAAAAAUUACAACCUUUUGACCUGAAAGUUGUUUAUGACCAUCUGAUCAGUGGAAUUGCUAUAACAGCAGAGGGUUCUAUCAUAUGGAGAGGCUAGUGAUCUGAUUUUUUGCAGUGCUACAUCAAUUUGUGGAAAGAUCCGGCGUAACUAUUAAUAAUUCCCUUAUUGUGGAGUGAUGGUUUUGUGGUUUGACAUCCAAGCUUGUGUUUUUUCUUUUGUUCUAUAAUGCUUUUUUGGCAGAUGUAAAAUUUUGCUUUAGUAAGAUGACUUCAAAACUGGUAUCAAUAUUUUCAGCUAAGCACAUACCGAAAGUAUAAUUUGUUGUUCA